AUGUCUUCGGAUGAAUCGAGUGUUGGGGGCGACUCGGAGUCUAUCCUCUCGCUCGAGAGUGCGUUCUCCCCCGUAGACGUCCCUGUACACCCUUUUAGACCACCGACACCUCCUCCUGCUCCAGUCAACAAUCUCGCAGACGAAGCUAGCUCAGCACCCGCUUCCGAUCCGAUUGCUGAUAGCUGGAAGGAUGAAUAUGAUGCUCGCGUUGCGACAUGGCGUGCAGAAUCCGCCGAGGCACGCACCAAAGCUGAAGCUGAACGAGCCAAGUGGGAAGAGCUAAGAGCCUCGGGCCAUGUGCCUGAGCACGAAACAUGGGAGACAGUUGGCUCGAGCGUUGCGGCCGAAUCCGAUGUUACAUUGAGCGAAAGCACGGGUACUGGUGCAAGUGCCCUGGUAAACGCUCCGCCCGUCACCAGCGUUGCAGAUGCUCGCGACUUGGUAUCUGGAGAGAAGGAUGGUGGAAAUGGGGCUGAUGUACUUGCGCAGAGUACCCUUGGGUAUCCGCCCUCUGCAGCUUCUAUCCGCACACUCGAAACCGAGGACGUAGACGCAUCCCCCGUCAACCUUAGCGGAGCCGAACUUUCUGCGGGCGAAGGAGUCAAUACAUGGGAAGAAGUCCACUCGAUUGGCUCCUCUUUCCCUUCUCUCCCGGAGCAACAUAACACCAACGCAAUCCCACUUCAACCCACGUAUAGACCACGUCAAGUCACUCAAAAAAAGGAGAAACCCCAUCAUCAUCACUCCCGACACUCGCAUAAUCAACCUGCCCCGACCCCUCCGCCCUCGCUUACCCUCUCGGUCUUUGAUUCGUCGCUUCCCACUCGUACGCGUGUCAUCGCUCUGUUCUCGUCUCUGGCGAUCAAUAUGUUCCUGCCCUUUGUGAAUGGGUCAUGCUUGGUUUCGGAGAGAUUUUUGCCCGAAACGUUAUUGGGCCUUGGUUUGGAUGGCCGAAACCAGUAG